AUGUGGUCUGAGCAACACAACAAGGCGUUUGAUGAACUGAAGAAGUUGGUAGCAAACCAUCCAGUACUCAAGUAUUAUGACAUCAAUGAAGAGGUUACUAUUCUGUGCGAUGCCAGUGAGCGAGGCCUUGGUGUGACACUCCUCCAGAACGGACAGCUAGUUGCCUUCACAUCGCGAACACUGUCUGCAGUUGCACAACGGUAUGCACAAAUAGAGAAAGAAUGUCUGGCCAUUGUGUUCAGUUGCCAAAAGUUCUCACAGUACAUCACAAGACGAGAGAAAGUCACUGUCGAAUCAGAUCAUAAGCCAUUGCAGUCAAUAUUCAAGAAAUCGCUUCUGUGUGUGCCAAGCCAUCUCCAAAGAAUGAUGCUUCAGCUACAGAGAUACAACCUUGAAGUGGUCUAUAAACCAGGAACGCAGAUGUUUGUGGCCGAUCACCUGUCCAGAGCUUUCCUGAAAGAUACAGGCACAGAGGAUGAAGAGUUUCAAGUUUUCGCUCUGGAGCUGGAAGCGAUGAACCCGUUUGAUACCAUCAAGUUAAGUAGUGAGAGACUGCCCCAGCUUCAAAAGGCCACCGAACAAGACCCGGUCAUGCAAACUCUCAAAACUACCAUUCUGAUUGGUUGGCCAGAGAGGAGAGAAGAAGUACCAGUCCAGAUUAGAGAAUUUUGGAAUUACAGAGAAGAACUAACACUUCACAACGGCAUCAUUUUCAAGAAUCAGCGAGUCAUCAUUCCAAAAGCUUUAAGGCCAGAACUGACCGCAAGAGCUCAUUCAAGUCACGAAGGAAUUGAAGCCUGUCUACGAAGAGCAAAAGAUGUAGUUUUCUGGCCCUCCAUGACCAAAGACAUCAAAGAAGCUGUUGAGAAAUACAGCUACUCAGAUUUCAUACAAGUUGGCGAGUUAAAAGGCACAACUGCGAGCUACAUCAUAGAGUUCCUCAAAGGUCAAUUCAGUCGCCAUGGCAUACCUGAUGUAUUUGUUACCGACAAUGGACCGCAGUACUGCUGCCGAGAGUUCACAGAGUUUUCCAGAGAAUGGGAGUUUAAACAUGUGACGUCAUCACCUAAACAUGCCAUAUCCAAUGGCAAGGCCGAAUCCACAGUCAAAGUGGCCAAGAAGAUUUUCAAGAAAGCUCACAGGGACAACAAAGACCCAUGGCUUGUGUUAUUGGAUCAACGGAACACACCAACACAAGGUGUGAACUCUAGCCCUGUACAGAGAUUGAUCUCCCGAAGAACACGUACAUUGCUACCGGUAUCAGCAAAUCUUCUGUACCCCAGAGUAGAAGAAGGAGUCAAAGAGAAGUUGAAGGCCAAGAGGCAGACAGCUAAAGGCUAUUACGAUAGAAGUGCCAAGGUGCUACCAGAGCUUGAAAUAGGCCAAGAAGUUAGAGUAGCGGGUCAGCGAAACAAAGUCGGGGAAGCUGGCACCUGUGUCCAGAAGCUAUCAGAUUGCUCAUACCUUGUUGAAGUCAAUGGAAACACACUACGUCGAAACAGACAGGCAUUGAGGCCCAAGAAAGACACCCAAAUGACUAGUGAGACUACUAUUGCUAAAACAAAACCACCCUCAUCUGUGCCUGCAGAGACAGAAGGACAAACAGCAUUGAGUACCAAUCACAGUGAUGUGACCACACCAGUUAAAGUCAGCGAUACCCCGCAGCAGAAUCUUAGUGUGCCACUGAAAUCAACCUGUACCACAAUUGUGAGGGCACCUGUGAGAUUCAAGGACUAUGUCUGA